GCACUGUCCAACGAUCAUUCAGCCUUAAUGCAAGAAAUUCACAGUGCUGAAGGAAUUACUGGGUCAAAGAUGUCAUCUCCACAUACAGAGUCAACAUCUACAAGUCUUUCUUCCAAGCCUGGAAUGGAAACCCAGCUUAUGCCAUCAGAAAGCCCAGAAGAGGAUGAAGAAAACCCAAUGAAAAAUCCAUUUACAGUUCCUCCAGAUAUCGAUGUUUUCUCAAUAAGGCACGAGGAAAUAAAAAAGGCUAAGGCGGAACGUGAAAGGAUGAAGACCAUGAAAAUCCAUGAGAAAAUUACUUACUCCACUAAAAUAAAAGCAAAGCCAAAAGGGCUCAGAAAAGCUCUUCAAAAGGAAGAAGAAGAGGAGGCCAGAAAACAGGCAACAAAUGAAAAGGGAUUGAAAACUCUUCUGGAGAGUGGUUCAUGGAAGACAGCCAUUAAAAACAAUUACUCAUUAGGAAAGGAGACCUUGCAUGACUACAUAAAUAACAGAAAAGAUAUAUUUUUACUCGAGUAUGCCAUGGCAGUAAAGAGAGAUGAGAUGCAAAGGAUGAAGAAUGCAGCAAAGAAUGAGGAAAGGAAAGUGGAAAAGGCUGAAUACGACCUGGAGAAGAAUGUUGCCAUGUUUGAUGAGUACCUGAAGAAGGGCGAUAAAAUCUGUAUUCAAGUCCUGAAAAAUGGUGAAAAACAAGCUGCAGCUAAGACAAACAAAACAAGGGAGCUCCAGGCAAUCAUUUCCCAAAUAGAGAACUUCCAAAGUGAUAUAUUCAGAUUCAAGGAUACUCUGCAGGAGUACAAGACGUACAGGGACUUCCUCUACCAAGUAUCUCCAAAAAAGUGGCAGGAGGAACAUGGAAAAAAGCACACAAAGGAAAAGGAUUUGAAAAUAACAUUUGAAACUAAUGAAGAAAGUGCCUCAUUUCUCACCGUUGCAAAGCAGGUCCAGGGUCUGACAGUAAUGACAAAUGCUGCCAGUCCCUAUCACAUCAGUUACACAGAUCUGCCAGGUUCCAUGCUGUCUUCAAAAUAUUUGGAAAUCAGCUCAUUAUAUGAAAUCAAGCCACAGCUCAAAAGCUUCCUGAAGUCUCUGUCAACAAGAAAACUAAGUUCACUGGAGGAUGCAGAAAGUGAAACCUACUCGGACGAAGAUGAGCAACCUGAGUUGUACUUUACUGAUCCCCAACAACUGCUGUCUGUUUUCACCGAGAUGAAGGAAGAGAACUUUUCCUUCCUGCAGAAUUCCCAGGAAACCGAGGAGAGUUUGAACAAGGUCCAACACACUUUCAUCAUGACAUAUGAAAGGACGGAGAAGAAAUUAGCAGAGCUGAAACAGCAGGUAGUCACCCUCAAAUCCUCCAUCGCCAAGGAAGAAGAGAGAUUAGCAGAUCUGAAGCUCAAAGUUCACCACCUUACCUCUGGAGAACACAAAGCUGAUGACCAUGACAAAAUGGUCACAAGCCUGAACAAGAAGGUUCUGGAAGUCUAUUGCCGCUGGACUGGAGAAAACGAGGCAAACCUGCAGACACUGCAGAUGCUCGCAAUGAUAGAAAAACAGCUCAUUUAUUUACUAGACAGUCUGGAGAAAAUCCCACCAGAAACGUUACAACAGGCUGAGAAAGCCAAAGAAAAGGAACAGAGGAGAAGGCUCAGAGAGGAGAAGCUCAGACAACAGAAGCAGCAGCAGGAGGAAAAAUUCCAAAAGGCUCUGGAAAGAUUGCAGAGAACUAUGGGAAAAAAGAGCACCACGAAGCUAGUGGUUCGUUCCAGCCCACCUGUCAGGAAGACGCACAGCCAAGAGCAAAUGGAUAAGGAGAAGGAAGAACAACUCUAUUAUUUCACUUGA